CCUAUGACAUCAGCAUUGUUCUUUCUUGUUCUUGCGUCCCCCACGUAUACUCAUGACAACAAAUUAAUGCACCGUUUUAUUCGAGUUGUGUGAGCACCUUUUAUGAAGGCAAGAAAACCAGCCUACCAACAUAUGUAGCAGACAGAGUUCAUGAACUGUUUACCCCUAUACUACCUACUCUCUACUCUUUUCUUUUCUGAAUGCAUCGACUCUCUAGGGAAGGUGAAAUUCAUAUUCGAACCAGCUAAAAAAUGGAGCUUGACCGUCAAUUUCAAAGGCUGAAGUAAUUGAAUAUGAAGAACUUCUAUGCUCAAAUUCUUAGCUUUACCCUGCUUUAAUGAACUUGGUGCGGAAGGUGUGAAGAAGCAAUCAGCCGCUAGCAGAGCUCGACCGGUGUCCAUUGUGGUUUCUAAUGACAGACUGACGAGUCUCUUUCAGCUCUAAUAUGAAACUGUUGUAAGUAAGUCGUCAUUUGAGCUCUAUUUAACGAAGGUCUCGCACUGCUAAUACUAAUAUUCUAGACAGAAGAGUCAAUCAUCAGUCAUCACACGGCACGGCUGCCCCAACCCUUACCCAACUGCCUAAUUGAAGUUGGAAACAAACAGCUCAUCCUCCCCCACCUCCUCAUUCAAAGCCUUUGAAAACUGGUUGAAUGAUUCAAUCCCCCAAGUCAAAUACUUUUAUUGGGAAAUUUGUCCUCUGUUUUUGAUCCAUCAGAAAGUGCCAGAACCCAGAUUACCCUUUUGAUGCUAAAACCCAGGAAUUAUGAAUUGAUAUCCAGGGAAGAUAACAAAGCUAGUGUCUUUCCUUUUUCACCUACCUCUUCGGCCCUACCGCCCUGAAUUUCCCCGCACAAGCCAGCUGGCUCUGAAUUGGGAGCAGAGGUAAAGAAAAGAAAGAUAGAGCAGCUUACAUAAUUACUUUCCCCCCUUGGUUUCGGUGCUGAAUCCUUCGUCGGCAGAAAGGGGAUUUCUUGUGCUUUUCACUCCCUCUCUCCCUCUCUCUGUAACAAGGACGAGAACGAGGACUCUCACAUGGGCUGGCAGCUAGUCAUCCCGUAUGGGCGCAAGUGAAAUAUGGAUUCUUGUCUCAAUAAGAAUGAUGGGUUCGGCAUAAAUUCUGCGUCGGUCGUUCCGGGGUUGGAUCCAUCUAUGAUUUCAAGUGCUGGGUCGCGUUCUGGUUUCUGAGAGCUCAACUUAGGUGGUUUUGGUAUAUAUAAAGGAUUCUAGGUGAGUCGAAGUUCACUGAAAAUAUAUCAUCUUUCUCCUUAUUGUGCAGCAGCUUCUUAUUUUCAUGUUUUGGUGAAUGAAAAGAUGGGCGCAGUUUGUUAAUCCUCUGCUCUAUCUUGUAUUGUUUUCUGGUUUCACAAAGAUUUUUGCCUUGCAAUCAGGUGAUGAUCUAACUUUGGGGGGUUUGACUGCUGGACCAUUCUUUCAAACAUGAUUUACAUAUUUCACCAUUUCAGGCUGCAGAUGUUUUUUGCAAUAUCGAGUAGAUCCUAGAAAUGGAAAGUAUGGCUGCAAUAUGAUUAUUGCUGUUGAACUGUUCCUGUGGCAAAAGCUUUUCACGUGUUUCUCGUAACAUUGAGCUCAGGAAAUGACUGGAAUCAUUCAUGACAGGCAGAGUUUGAGAGAAUCGGUUGAUUGAUUCAUAGAGGCUAAAGUAUGGACAAGAAAGGGGAAAUCUCGUUGUAUAGAGCCAAGUUGGACAAGUCUUUGGCAUCUCCUGAACUCACAGAUCAUGAAGCUCUUAAAUCCCUCGUUAGGGAUCAAAUGCUACAGUCUAGAACCGAUGAGAGUGAAGCUUGCAGUGAGAAUCUUGUGGAGAAAAGAACUGCUGAUGUGUCCAACUUUCUUGACAUGUUAAGGAGUGCCUCAAGUAGUGGGAAAGAGCCAUCCAAAAUAAAUGAGCCACCAUCUGGUGAAUGGAAAGUAAAGGACAAUAACCAAGAGUACCGCGUUAUGUAUCGCCCAGGACUUCGGGGCACCCCCUUUCACACAUUGCUUGUGGAAGGCUAUGUUGAUGGUCCUGUCGAUGCAUGUUUAUGCAUCGGUUGGGAGUCCACUUUGUACAGGAAAUGCGUCAAAAAGUUGGUGAAGAAAGGCCCUUGGUGGCCGCAGGUGAUUAUGCCGCCUUUCAAGAUUGCAGUCUGCAAAUGCUUAAAAAGGAUUCGGAUAGGCGAACAGAUAUCUUUAGUGAGGGUGAAGGUAGCCUGGCCACUGCAAGCUAGGGAGGUUGUAAUUCACUAUGUCUUAUUUGAGUACCCCAAGGAGGGGGUAAUUAUCGUUCUUAUGAAUACGGUCCCUGACUUGGAGGCCAUUGAUAUAAAUACCCAUGGUUAUACCAAGGACGGAAUACCUGAAGCUCAAGAUGUGGUAAGAGCGGAAUUGGUGGGUGGCUUUGCUUUACAGAAGGUUACCCCAACAAGAAGUUACUUCCGGACUAUUGCUACUGUGGACCUGAAGAUUGACUUCGUUCCUCCAGCUCUCAUAAAUUUUAUCUCAAGACAGCUCAUUGGGAGUGGUUUCAAGCUUUAUCAGAAGGCAGUAACUGCAUUAUAUAAGGAUGAUGAAGAAUACAUCCGAGCUUUGGAUGAUCCAUUCUAUGUUCGAAUGAGAGAUGCUAUCUAUGCAGCCAACAGCCAGCAUCAGAUCACGGAAGGAAAAGCAAACAUUGAUGAAGAUGAUGGAGAUAAGUCUUUGCCAGAUAGAGCACAUGAUGUAGCAAAAGAAGAAGUAAAUGAGAUUGAAGAAUACGGGAGUGAAGGAAGCGGCUACCUGUUAGAUGGAGAUGUAAUCAGAAGUGCAGAACAGAGAGUUGAAAGAAGUAAUCAUUCUGGUGAGAGCAUGGAAGAUGAUGCCGAACCUACGGGGCAAUUGCAGAAUGUUGACAAAGGUAUAAUAGGUCAACCCUCUGCCUCAACCAUUAAAAUUGCAGGAAAGGGUUAUAUUGCUAUAAAACCUGAGGUAAAACAAGCUUUAGAAAUUUUAGAGAGGGCCAUCUCCAUGGUUCGGAAAUCUGAAUCUAAUGCUGUAGUGAGGCCAUCAUCUACUACUCCUGUAACUAAUGAAGAGACCUCCAAUCUGGAAAAGGGUGCAGAAGGAAAGGAUUCAAAUUCUACAAAAAAGGACGAUGGGUUGCCUCCAAAUGCUGAUGAUUCCAAGAACGGUUCAUCCUGUUCCUAUGCCAGGCAUUCGACAAGCUCUGUCACAAGGGAAUAUAACUAUAAAAAAGUAGCACCAGCAUCACCAGAACCAUUCGUCUCCAAUCCUAAGCAAGUUUCGAGUGAGACUGGGAAUAAUAUUGUAGAUGAAGCCAUAGUAAUGGACCAGAUUAGAGACGAUGAGGAUGAUAAACUAGCCUCCAGGGACGUCGUAAAUGGCAUGAACGAAAAUGCUUUGCGGAAUAAAGAGGGAUUGAAGAAGAAGCAGAGGCGGUUUGCUUUACCUGGUAGGCGCUUGCAGAGAGGGAAGCAGAAGCAGCAGCAUCGGUUGUGUUGCUUUGCUCCUAGUUCUGGGUCAGUAAAGUGAUUAAUCACCAAGACCUUGACAUGGAAGGAACUGAAUUAAGUAAUUGAGCUCUCUGUAUACAAGUUUUUCUUUUCUCUCUUUUCCUUUAUCUCGGAUGGAGGAUUAUAGUUAUCAGCAGAGGUUAGGAUUUUAGAUUGUUUGUGUUUAUAUUAUUAUUUGUUUCCACGCAAGUUUGCUGUAUUAGCCUAGUAGUAAUAAGGAGGAGAAAAAGCUAAGAAAGCAUCAUCAACAAUCAACAAGUUUUUCUUCUCCCUUGUAUUUUAAUUAUAAUAAUAAUAAUAUUUUUAUUAUUACUAUUAUUAUGUUAAUUGGAAUAUUAUUUUGGUUUAUUUGGGAUUAUUAUUAUUAUUAUUUCUUGUUAAGUAAGGUAUUAUUUAGCAAUUGGGUUCGUAUUAGUUUUCCUUGCUCACGAGGGACAAGAUUUAUACCAAUGUCGUCAGAACCGAACCGGAGAAUGACCCGGGUGUGCGAACGGCUCGUACUUUAGCGGUCCAACCGGCAUUAGACCGUUUAAAAACCGUUAGAGAACCGGUAUCUAAUAAACGUUAUUAGUAUAAAUAGUGGACAUUUCUUAAUCCGAGCUCAUCUCUUUCCUUCGAAAUUGUGAAAUGGAAAUAAGGAUUCAAUUUGAGAGCCCGACGUUUUUGGUUUAUUUCAAUUUUCGAUUUUCUACAAUUUUUUUAAUUAAAUUUAGUGGCUGAAUGGCAAAAAGCAGACGAGCGGCUCGAUCGGCUUGAACGGUUAACCGCCUCGGCCGCUCGCCAGCCGCUACAUAAAACCGGAGCGGCUUUUAGACUGUUCCGAGCCGGUUUUGUGACCGGGUGGCGGUUUUACCGGUCGGGCCGAGCGGCUCGGCUCGGCUUUAAUAACACUGAUUUAUACGCUUAGUCUUACAAAUGUGUACUUUGUAUCUACAUUUUGGAAUAAUAGUAAAUUAAUUUCCGACUUGUGAAUCAAUUAUUGGUCAAUUGGUAUUAGAAUUUGGUUUGUCAAAACUAGGAGGGACGCCCCCAUAGAAGACCUCGACUUGGUUCACUCUAUAGAUGCCCAAGGAGGAUGUCAACCAGCAAUUCCGAGAUUCUGAACCUCGAGCAUGAGAAGAAGACCUCCAAGUGGAAGUCAGGCAGAUGGUGGCAAAGUUUGUGGUGAUGACUCAACGGAUGGAAAGCAUCGUCGACCUCAUACACACCCAUGGCGAGAGCCUCGCCGUCUUAAUCCAAGGCGAGGGUGGAACAGAGAAAGGUGAAGUGAGACGGUUGACCUGAUCCAUACGAGAAGCUCAAAUAACCAGCCACAAAGGAGCAGUGGAUGCCGAAAGGGGGACGCGGGAGUAUUGAAGCCUAGAUGCCACCACCGCCCUUCCUAACUCCUGAGUUGUCUCCACGAAAGGCAAGCCGAUUCGUAGGUGAGGAGCAUCGUUAUCGUGACACGCUAAUUCCGAUGGUUAGUGGAGCAUGGUGAAAUCUAGGGGUGGGAAACCUUGAAGACGACUGGAGGAGAUCCCCGAGCGUAGGACGACCGAGUGGUAGGACGGGGACAAGGCCAACGAGUAGAGUCCAAUGGGCCGCCCGAGCCAGUCAUGCGCGUGACUCGGUCCGAAUAUCACACUUAAAUCCCACCAAAGGCUCAAGUGUAAACCUUAAAUGGGUGCAAUAUAGGGCCAGUAUGUUUAAAUAUCAACCCGGGCCGGUCCAUGUACCCCUACUUCAAUUGUUUGAAAUAUUAUCUAACGGAAUAAAGUUUGAAAGAAUCU